CGCUGAGCCUAACCACACGGAGAUCGAGCGAAUGAGAGCCUCCACGCGAUAUAUGUACACAAUAAAGUACAUAAUACCAUAGAACGCACGCUGGGUACGAGGUGCGUUUUGCCUAACAUCAUCGGCAGCAGCAGCAACGCAUAUUACAUACAUCACGCCCAGCGAACGCAGUGUUAUUGACUCCCCUGCGAUAAUUCACGUUCCAAAGUCCAAGACUGCGUGUGUACAUGUGCACAAUAUAUUAAGCUCUCUGUCUCUGUUGCGCGCGCGGACUGCAGCAGCAGUAGCAGCAGCAGCAGACUCGCUUUCGUACUUGGCGUGCGAGGCAUCCAUCGGUCCUCGACUGCAUUAAGAAUUUUUUUUUAUCCUGAAAUUAGACCAACGACUCGAUUAUAUGUACCCCGUUAGCAGGCACGAUACAAGGUGCAAAGCAUACGAGGGAUAAAAGUGCCGCGGCGCGUGCAUAUAGACCUUGCCAGACAGAUCGAGACGAUUGUCGAAAAUUCUCUACUACACCCAUCGCAAUAGACGUAUGGACAUAUACACGCACGUAUAGAUAUAGAUAUAAAAUAGACAUAUAGAUAUAUAGUGUGUGUGUGCGCGACUCCGCGAGUGCCGUGUGACUUGUGAGACUGUGAGUGCACAGGCAUUUAGCAAUUUGCACACAUAGACGUGCAUCUAUGCACAUAUACACCUCUUACUACAGUGCAGUGCAUGUAUAUAGCAGUAGCAGCAUUGCAUAGUUUAUCAGCUGCAGCAGCAGCAGCAGCAGCAGCAGUGCUCGACGGUCUGGGUGUGCGUGCGAAUUACACAUACGUGCCAGACGACUACACUCGCGGAUACAUUGUACAAUACUGAUUCACUGCGAAUUACAGUAUCACGCCUACUCGCAUAAGGCAGAUUGAUUAAAUAAAUAAAUAAACGAGCACGCGCGAAUAAUACGGGCAUAAAAAAGUAAGGUUGAACGUGCUGGCAGCUGCGCAAAACCAGGCAAAACGGCGAGCAAUCAGGCGCGGAGGACGACAUCGAGCCAGCGACGCAGCAGCGCGGCCAAUCUCUCGUGCGAGGGUGAGCAGCAGCUGAGUUGUCGUCGUCGUCGCCGUGGUCGUCGACGUCCUGCUCGUAGUCGUCGACAACUGCUACUUCAGCGUCAGCGUCGACAAAUCGAGGAGGAAGUCCCCGAGGAGAAGCAACAGCAGCAGCCCAGCCGAAUGGAUCCCAAGAUCGGCUGGUAUCAGCCAGAGCAACUGGGACCCGCCAAGGAUCUCUGGCUCAACAUCUGGGAGACCGGCAAGGAGCUCGACAAUCUCAACAUCAGGCCGCAGCCCAACAAUAUCAACAACAAUAACAGUGCCGACGCCUCGAGCACCACGUCUCCGGUUCAGAAUCAUCAGACGCAUCAGCCCGCCAACUCCAAUCCCACGAUGAUGAGAAAUGCCAGUAGCUCGACGACGUUGACGAGCCAGCAGGAUUACAUACCUCUGGAUAACGUCAACAAGUAUCCAAACAACAGUUCUGACAGCAACGGUAGGCUCAGCCACCCUGGUCAAACGACAAGUAACUACUACAAUCCGUCCAAGAGGAAAAGGGAGAAUCGCGCCAGCACCUACGCCAUGAAUGACAAUUAUAAACAACUUGUCGGCGUCUAUGGUGGCUGUCCUUGGCGAAUACCGCACAAAACAUAUUCCAAAGGAGUCAUUGGAUUGCAUGAAGAAAUCCAGGAUUUCUUUCUCUAUAUGUGUCCAACCGUUGAAGAGCAUAAUCUUAGAUUAAGAGUUAUCAAGCGAAUAGAAAAAGUAAUUUAUGAUUUGUGGCCUGAAUCUCAAGUCGAGAUCUUUGGUAGUUUUCGUACUGGACUUUAUUUGCCCACAAGUGACAUCGAUAUAGUUGUGAUUGGAUUGUGGACGAAUCUUCCACUGCACACCCUUGAAAGGGCUCUUAUUGAUGAAAAUAUUGUAGAACCAUCCUUUGUCAAAGUUUUAGAUAGAGCUUCUGUACCAAUAGUCAAACUAGUAGAUAAAGAAAGUGAAAUUAAAGUUGAUAUCAGUUUCAAUAUGAAUAAUGGUGUCAAGUCUGCAGAAUUGAUUAAAGUUUUCAAGUGCCAAUAUCCUGCACUCGAAAAAUUGGUAAUGGUUCUCAAACAAUUUUUACUUCAAAGAGAUCUCAAUGAAGUUUUUACUGGAGGUAUAUCAUCUUAUAGUUUGAUCCUCAUGACAAUUAGCUUUUUACAGUUGCAUCCACGAAAUAACGUGAAUAAUCCAGAUGUGAAUUUGGGAGUGUUGUUGAUUGAAUUUUUUGAGUUAUAUGGCAAAAAGUUUAAUUAUGUAAAGACUGGUAUACGCGUCAAAGGAGGUGGUACUUACAUAUCAAAAGAAGAGGUUCAAAAAGAUAUGGUUGAUGGAUACAGACCAUCUUUGCUCUGCAUAGAAGACCCUCUUACACCAGGCAAUGAUAUUGGUCGUAGCAGUUAUGGUGCUUUAUAUGUUAAGGAAUCUUUUGAAUGGGCUUACAAUGUGUUAUCACAAGCUGUGAAUCCUCUCAAUACUUUGGUUAAUGACGCAAACAAACAAAGUAUAUUGGGAAGGAUUAUAAGAGUAACAGAUGAAGUUGUAGAUUAUCGUAUAUGGAUCAAAAGAACAUUCCCCGCAACUGAACCAGAACUUCCUUCUAGUUCAACUGGUUCAGAAGCAUCUACUCUGUCCGCUCCUGCGAGUGAAUCGGAAUCUGAAUGCAGUAGGGGAAAUUCACCAAAUACUGGGGAAAAAAGUGAGGAAAGACACAAAGAUAGGCAUAUAUUCAAUUAUCAACAUCCUCAUGGUCAUCUUCCAUACAAAAAAACUUACAAACCAUCAGCACACGCGCAUCAAAGCAUGCGUGCAGACUACAUGCGCAACGUAAAUAAUCAUUCAAGUGGACAUGGUAAACUGAAAAAUAAUCAGUUUAACAGCAAUAAUAAUAUUGGACAUGGACAAAAUCAAAGUUUAAGGUUACAUGCUAUGAAACGAAAGAAGCAUACUAUUACAACUCGUAGUCCUCCAGGCGAUUGUGUACGGUGAUGAAAUGAACAAAGGGCUACUGUAUAAGUCUCCUACUUAGACCAGCAAUAAUCUCAAAAAUUAUUUUAAUUUCUAAGAUUAAUGCCAAUUCAAGAGCCAAUUUAAUAAGCUGUACAUUGUUAUUGGACCAGUAAGUAAUUUAUGUAACAUUUCGAUCAAUUGCGUUGAUGAGAACUAUUUCCAAUUACUAACGUUGACCAACCUAUUUUACGAUAAGGAAUUUUUUGUAAUGGACCUUUCUCUGAUUGGCUCCUAUAAAAUUAUUUGAUUCCAACAUCGCAAUGCAACUAAGUUUUAGUUAAAAAAACCAUUUUCGGGACUUAUAAUUAUAUUGGAUUAUUUUGAAUUCAUUAAUAGUCGUCAAAAAUGAAUAUUUUUUAACUUCUUGUUGCACGAUUUUGCAAUAUUUGAAUCGAGCGCUUCAAUGGGUGCAAUUUCCGAAUAGUCUAGCGUCUCCGUUUGUUACCAAUAUUCUCUUAUCACGCGUAUAGAACGUGAUCCGUGACAAAUAGAUUUAAUAUUUCAAUUCGCAAUAUCUGACAUCGUUAAUUACAAUUGGUGUUUUUAGCACCUAUGAUGUAUGAUGUACAGGUAUACAAAAGCUUUUGAAAUAUUUUACUGAAAGAUUACUGAACGAUUCGGCACAUAAAACAGCUGUUCAUAGCUUGCUUAUGUUACUGUGAUUAUGCUUCAAAAUAUUCUGAUUAUUGUUUGUAUAAAGAUUUGUGUAAAGGUUUAUUAGCUAGACUCUGACUGUUUCAAUAUGUAUAGUAAAGAUUCUAUCAGUAUAAUUAAUUCUAAAACGAAAAAUAAUUUGUCAUAAAAAGUCAUUUAAACGUAAUUUGCACUUUUAAAUAUAAAAUAAGUAGUUACUACUGGGUUCAACAGUCAAUCAUGCGCAAAAUGAUUACUUUUCAGACAUAUAUAAAAUAUAUAAAUUUAUAUAUAUUUUAUUUGAACCUAAAUUCACUUUUAUUUAAUAAAAUUUUCGAUUGUUACGUUGCGUUUUUAAGACUUUGCAAUGCAUAAAUAAUUUAUUAUGUGCCAGGUGAUAAAGAGAUAUUGAUAGUUAUGAUAAAGACUUAGUUUUUUAUAAUAAAACUAUAUUCUUAUAAAAUACUAGAGAUCAUUAAAAUAAUAAAAAGAUAAUCUCUUAAGUAAAUGGUGAUAAAAUAGGACUUGCCUAAUGUAAAUAAUGUAAAAUAAAAAUUAACAAAAUACAGAACAUCGAUUCUUGUAAGACAAAGUUACCCAAAAGAAAAAUUUUUAAUUUGAACGUGUAUAAAUUAAUGACUAAGAGAGGAGGAAGAAAAAAGUCUUAAA